GACGAUCAGUUCGUGGACCCCAACAUCCCCAUCCGCUCUGCCGAACACAUCCAUUAUCCCGGCCGGGAGCACGUUGGGUGCCAGGAGAUCCGCGCUGGAUUGCUCGAGCGCAAGAGCAAAUACCUCAAAAGCUACACAGCUGGCUGGUAUGUACUUUCAUCGACUCAUCUUCAUGAAUUCAAGUCCGCAGACAAGGGCCAGGCCCCCGUCAUGUCUUUAUAUCUUCCAGAGCAGAAAUUAGGUUCGCACUCCAGCGAGGGAGGAUCGUCCAACAAGUUUAUCCUCAAGGGUCGCCAGACGGGAUCAAUGCACCGUGGACACACAUGGGUCUUCCGUGCCGAGAGCCAUGAUACAAUGAUGGCUUGGUACGAGGAUAUCAAGGUUCUUACCGAGAGGUCGCCGCAAGAAAGAAGCGAAUUUGUACGCGGCCAUGUUCGAAGUCUCAGCCAGUCUUCGCAACGCUCUACUAGCAGCGAUGGUGUUUUAGAAGACGACGACGACGACGAGCCAUUCUCGGCCGACACAGCGGUUGCAGCCAGCACGAGUUCGAGACAAGACGUCCGCCGUCCCGAAGCAGGUGGGCGAUUCCCAUCCGACAUCCAAGUCAACGCACAGCGAGGCUUACAGGCACCUCUUUCGCCAUCUAGUGUAAGCUCUGGAUUUGACAACUCUGACCGUGACGCCGCUGCGCAAGCAUAUGCUCUCCCUGGAAGCAAGCUAGGCGUUUAUCACGGAUCGAAUGAACAUCCUGAACAUCCUACAGGUUACGGGGGUUCAGACCGGACUCCCAUGGAAGAAAUGCCUUCCCAUGCAGCCGAGUUGUCCCAGCAGGCUCAGGAAGAUGGAGUCAACCCUUAUACCAGCGAAACGAUUCGUCGAUCUCAAUCUGGCAGCCGCGGGCAUCAGGCAGUGUUCGUACCUAGAGCUGAGGAACAGCGUGUGCAGAGCCAAGUUGGCGCUAUUGGCAACUACGACGAGUCUAGGCCUGUCUCCAAUGUCAGUGGAUAUGACCGUGGCCUCGAGACACCAGGAGGCAACAGCCAAUAUGGGCAAUGGAUGAAUGGCAACGGGAAAGCCUCCUCAGACCUGUCCAACAGCGGUAUCGACCAGCAAGAGACGAGCGAGUACUACGCGUCAGGUGAACGAUCUGCAGGUCACGUCAAUGUGAUUCCCAUUGUUGGCUUGGGCAAUGGACAUAUGCAGACCAGGGAGGCUGAUCACAAUGGGUUCCCUGGCGUUAACAAAGCGUCGACGGCGACAAGCCAGGAUGUGCCUCGUCAGCAUCAACAGUUGUCUGCCAUUCGCCCGACUUCUGGCACUAUUAGAACCGACAGCGUACCGACGAUUUCCAACUUGCAUAUCCCAGGUGAAUACCCAAAGGGUACGCCAGGGGUUGAGGCUAGACGUUGA